AGGUGCCACUGACCACUGGGCUCAACGACGCCUUUCAGCAGCUGCAGAAGCUCGUGGAGGAACACGAACACAUCAAACAAAUCUGGGAGCAAUAUGCAGAGAUACAGAAGCUGGUCCCGCCAGAAGGCGUUGAAGCAAUGGCAACACCAGAUCCAGUGAAAGCACAAGUGAUUCUUGCAGAUCAGGAUCGGUUACAGGACACAUGCAGACAGUUUGAGGCCGUGUCUCGGGGCGAGAAGUUUAUCAACAGCGAACCCUUGCGUGAGGUGCCGUCUCACAGCGUCAAGUUGAAACCGCUGCGCGCCGUGCAUCUCAGUCAAGUGGAGGGUGCGCGUGACCAGCGGGACCGGGUGUUUUCGCUGCUGCAGGCCUACAACAACGUCGUCAUGAUGCUCUCGGAGCAGUUUGUCAAGUGGGAUCGCAUACUCGCAUCCGCAGAACAAAGGAAGGGGACCGCCGCGUAGCUCCAUGUUGUGUUUUGUGCGUGUGUCUGAGUGUGUCUGAGUGUGUCUGAGUGU